UCCUCUUCCCGUACAGGGAGUGUCUCUCAGUCCUCACUCCCACUGCUGGCUUCCUGGUCUAAGACUCUGCAGCAACUCUGACAGCAGUUCUCCUGUUCUGUCAGAUUUCUAACCCGGCAACAUGAGUGAGGAAUCGAUCAUUCGCAUCCCCCCCUAUCAUUAUAUACAUGUUCUGGACCAGAAUAGUAACAUCUCCCGGGUGGAAACUGGACCCAAGACCUACAUCCGACAGGACAAUGAACGGGUUUUGUUCCACCCCCAGCGCAUGAUCAUGGUGCCUCCGCGUCAUUACUGUGUGAUCCAGAACCCUGUUUUAAAAGACGCAGGACGCACUGUGCAGUUUGAUACUGUUGGACAAGCGAAACUGCGCCACGGUGACCAGGAGAUCCGACUGGCGCAGGAUCCAUUCCCGCUGUUUCCAGGAGAGGAGCUGCAGCAGGGGAUCACCCCACUCACCAUAGUGCUCGCCAACACAGCUCUGCACCUGAAAGCUCUGCUAGAUCUGGAGGAUGACAAUGAGAAGUUUGUGGCUGGGGAUGAGUGGCUCUUUGAGGGGCCAGGUACCUAUAUUCCCCGGAAGGAGGUGGAGGUGGUGCAGACAAUACAAGCCACAGUAAUUAGACAUAACCAAGCUAUCCGUCUGCGUGCCCGCAAGGAGUGCUUGGAUCGUGAGGGCCAGGCAAGAGUCACAGGUGAGGAGUGGCUGGUGAAGAAAGUGGGCGCCUACCUGCCUGGCGUGUUCGAGGAAGUGGUGGACAUUGUGGAUGCCUUUGUACUUACAGACAAGAAAGCUCUGCACAUCAGAGCCACCAAGACAUUCCGUGAUGAGAAGGGCAGUCUCCGACGUACAGGGGAGGAGUGGUUGGUGACCAUGGUAGAUGCUGAAGCAUACAUCCCCAAUGUGUAUGAAGAGGUGGUGGGAGUCGUUGAUAUCACCACACUGACCAGCCGCCAGUACUGUGUUAUCCUGGACCCCUUGGGAGAUGAUGGGAAGCUACAGCUGGGCCAGAAGAAAGUUGUGAAGGGAGAGAAGUCCUUCUUCUUGCAGCCCGGGGAGAGCCUGGAAGCCGGGAUCGAGGAUGUCUACGUACUGUCUGAGGAGGAAGGACUGGUACUGCGGGCUCUGCAGCCCCUGGAGGAGAAGGAUGAGGACGGGAAUGAAGUGGAGCAUAAACCAGGAGAUCGCUGGAUGAUACGUGGCCCAUUAGAGUAUGUUCCUCCCGUGGAGGUGGAGGUAAUGGUGAGACGGGAAUCCAUUCCCUUGGAUGAGAAUGAGGGCAUCUAUGUGCGAGACAUUAAGACCGGAAAGGUGCGUUCCGUGGUGGGACACACCUACAUGCUGACACACGAUGAGGAGUUGUGGGAGAAGGAGCUGCCAGCCAACGUGGAGACCCUCCUGGCUUCCGGGAAGGACCCUGUUGCUGACAGAUCGACACGGCAGACGCAGGUACAGGAAACCGAGCCAAGGAAUAAGACGCGUGCUGUCACUUACCGUGUCCCCCACAAUGCAGCUGUACAGGUUUAUGAUUAUCGGGAGAAAAAGGCUAGGGUCGUCUUUGGGCCGGAGUUGGUGAUUCUUGGCCCCGACGAGCAGUUCACAGUCCUCAGCCUCUCUGGAGGAACGCCUAAGAGGUCAAAUGUCAUAAAAGCAAUCUGCUUGCUUCUUGGCCCUGAUUUCUGCACUGACCUCAUCAACAUCGAGACGGCAGACCAUGCGCGAUUGCAGAUCCAACUGUCCUACAACUGGCAUUUUGAAGUAUCUGAUAAGAAUAAUGCAGUGGACGCCUCAAAGAUUUUCAGCGUCCCAGAUUUUGUGGGAGACGCAUGUAAGGCUAUUGCAUCGAAGAUUAGAGGAGCUGUUGCAUCAGUACAGUUUGAUGACUUCCAUAAAAACUCUAAUCGGAUCAUCUGCUCAGCCGUCUUUGGGUUUGAUGAUGCUCUGAAGAUUCGAAGCUCCUUUAAGUUCCCGCAGAAUAAUCUGGUGAUUACCAGCGUAGACAUUCAGUCCGUGGAGCCCGUGGACCAGCGUACGCGCGAUGCCCUGCAGAAGAGUGUCCAGUUGGCCAUUGAAAUAACCACAAACUCCCAGGAAGCCACAGCCAGACACGAGGCUGAGCGCUUGGAGCAGGAGGCUAAGGGACGUCUGGAGAGGCAGCGGAUCACAGACCAGGCAGAGGCCGAAAGGGCUCGGAAAGAACUGCUUGAGCUGGAGGCUCUUAGCACUGCAGUGGAGAGCACAGGCGCUGCCAAGGCAGAGGCUCAGUCCAAGGCUGAGGCUGCGAAGAUCGAAGGGGAGGGAGCGGUCCAGCAAGCCAAGCUGCGAGCCCAGGCUCUCGCCAUAGAGACGGAAGCAGAGUUGGAGCGUUUGCGCCAAGCACGGGGUGAAGAGCUGCGUUACACUCAGGAUAAGAACAAGUUGGAGGUGGAGAAAGCUCAGCAGUUGACAGAGCUGGACAUUAAGAAAUUCCGCGAGAUGACACAAGCCAUCGGGGCAUCAACUCUCAGGGACAUUGCACUGGCUGGACCCGAGUUGCAAGUGCGGCUGUUGCAGGGUCUGGGAAUCCAGUCCACUCUGAUCACAGACGGAUCGACUCCUAUUAACCUGUUCACUACCGCACACGGAAUGCUUGGACUCAACCCCAAACCAGUCACCGACAAGGAGGCCGAGUAGUGAAGAAAGCGAUACACACCAUCACUACUGUGCUGCUCAGAUACAUCUUGUAAUGGCAACUGCUGUGUGGAGUUUAGAUGGUUACAUUAACCCUUACCGUCUGUCCGUGACUCUCUGCUCGCUGUGUUCAGUAACACUUUCCUUGUAUGUCUGACAGUCUGUGAAUACAGUCUCGCUGUGUGCUGUCAGUCUCUUUAACCUUUUCUCACACUCCCUCUAUAUGAGCUGACACUUUGUUCUUUACAGAAACUAUAAUAUUUGCAAGAAGCAACA